CAGAGCUCAGUGAAGCUGGGAAAGGAAUUUUAAGAACGGUUCAUCAGAAAGUGGUCAGGCCACAGCGGCCUCUUUGGACGAAGACACACUUGUAGCAUUAUCCUUCUCGGCAUCAGCUUUUAUUAGUGGAUCGGGGCGGGGGAGGGGGGAGAUCGGCAGACACGGACAGCCUCUGACCCUCUGGAGUUGGUAUGUGAUAAGCAGCCCUAGCAGUGCCAUGUAUUGGAAGAACGAUCAGAUGUUUGUGUGUAAACUAGUAGCAAAGGACGUGCCGGAGCUGGCAGUUCCCCCUGAGAAGGUGAGCGAGCCGACGCCUGGCCAGACCAGCUGAAUCGCAGUGUCCUUGAAACUCGAGUUGUGUGGGCUCCUAAACAAGGUUCAGAAACUACCUGUAACGGCCUCAUCUUCAGACCUGGCAAUUUUUUUUUUUUAUUACGUAGUAGCGUUAGUCAGUAAUCAUUGCACUCCCUCCCCAAAAGCUCACUUAACCUGAGACAUGGAGACUGUAAUUUGGGAGAUGAAGCCUCGAGCCUAAGGCGCUCUCAGGUCCAUUGUCAGGGGCUCAUGUCAGAGGAGUGCGGGCGGACUACAGCCCUGGCGGCCGGGAGGACUCGGAAAGGCGCCGGGGAAGAGGGACUGGUGAGCCCCGAGGGAGCGGGGGACGAGGACUCGUGCUCCUCCUCGGCCCCGCUGUCCCCGUCGUCCUCGCCCCGGUCCAUGGCCUCGGGCUCCGGCUGCCCUCCUGGCAAGUGUGUGUGCAACAGUUGCGGCCUGGAGAUCGUGGACAAAUACCUUCUCAAGGUGAAUGACCUAUGCUGGCAUGUCCGGUGUCUCUCCUGCAGUGUUUGCAGAACCUCCCUAGGAAGGCACACCAGCUGUUAUAUUAAAGACAAAGACAUUUUCUGCAAACUUGAUUAUUUCAGAAGGUAUGGAACUCGCUGCUCUCGAUGUGGGAGACACAUCCAUUCUACUGACUGGGUCCGGAGAGCCAAGGGGAAUGUCUAUCACUUGGCAUGCUUUGCCUGCUUUUCCUGCAAAAGGCAACUUUCCACAGGAGAGGAGUUUGCUUUGGUGGAAGAGAAAGUCCUCUGCAGAGUACAUUAUGACUGCAUGCUGGAUAAUUUAAAAAGAGAAGUAGAAAAUGGGAAUGGGAUUAGUGUGGAAGGUGCCCUCCUCACAGAGCAAGAUGUUAACCAUCCAAAACCAGCAAAAAGAGCUCGGACCAGCUUUACAGCAGAUCAGCUUCAGGUUAUGCAAGCACAGUUUGCUCAGGACAACAACCCAGAUGCACAGACACUCCAGAAAUUGGCAGAAAGGACAGGCUUGAGCAGACGUGUGAUACAGGUGUGGUUUCAGAAUUGUAGAGCACGCCACAAGAAACACGUCAGUCCUAAUCACUCGUCCUCCACCCCAGUCACAGCAGUCCCACCCUCCAGGCUGUCUCCACCCAUGUUAGAAGAAAUGGCUUAUUCUGCCUAUGUGCCCCAAGAUGGAACGAUGUUAACUGCGCUGCAUAGUUAUAUGGAUGCUCAUUCACCAACAACUCUUGGACUCCAGCCCUUGUUACCCCAUUCAAUGACACAACUGCCAAUAAGUCAUACCUAAUUCUGUUUUCAGGGAUAGACUUGAUUAAGGAUAUAAAUUUGUCAUUUAUUAUGUAUAAAAGACCAUUGAAAAGAUAUUACUGUUAAUUUUUUAUUUAACACCUAAAGCAUUUCCAACAUCACUUUGCUGCCCAGGUAUGUAUCUAUAGUUGGCCUGCAAGACACUUUUAUUGAUUCUUCAUUUUUUGUAAAACUUAUGUUUACAAGAAGAAAACAAAUCAAAACAUUUUUUGUAUUGUCUGGAAAUAGUUCACUCUAGUGUGUAUCUGUUAAUUUAUUUGUCAUCAAAAGAGCACUUUGCCUAAAAGAAAGGACUGACAAGUGUGCAAAAUGUUUACAAUCUUUUGUGAAAUUGUAGUUUAUCAUUAGUUUGUAUCUGUAAGUUAUUGUUAUAAAUAUUACCUGUAUUUUUUGUUAUAUACAACUUUAUACUUUGAAGCUUGUAUCUGUGAAUUUGCAACUGAAAUUUAUUUUGCCAAUGUUUUCUGAAUGAACUGAAUAAAGCUUCUGUUGUAGCAUGCCAUGCAAACACAUUAUUGUGUUUGUGGUUGAUGAAUUAUGGCUGUAAAUAACACUAUAGUUUAAUAAGCCCACCAUUCUGAGUUUAUUAAACAUUUUCCAUACUUGUGAAAAUUUCAA